CCAGCUUUUCAUGUUGGUGAAGGAAGCGAAACAGGUCGCCAGUCCACCCUUUUGUUCGCUUGAUCUUUGAGGCGGACACAAAUGGCCACCAAAAGGGCGACCUUUGGUCUGCUUCUACUGUUGUUCUGCGUGAUUCUCAAUCACGCCCAGUUGGCACAAGCAGCCGUUGCAUGUGGCACUGGCGGCGUGUGCAGUUGCUCGGAAACUCUGGUCAGUUGUCAGAGCAAAGCUCUCACAUCCAUUCCAACCGAUAUCCCAGUCACCACAGUGAGCCUGUUUCUGUAUGACAACCAGAUAACCAGCAUUUUCUCAAGCGCAUUCACAGGCUUGAACGCGCUGAUACGAUUGGACCUGUCCAACAACCAGAUCACCAGCAUUUCUGCAAACGCAUUUACAGGCGCGAUUUCGCUUCAAGUCUUGUAUCUGUACAACAACCAGAUCCCCAGUAUCUCAGCCUCUGCAUUCACAGGCCUUACUAAUCUGACACAAUUGUCUUUGCAGAACAAUCAGAUAACCAGCAUUUCCUCAAGCGCAUUCACGGGCUUGACUGCGCUGACUGACCUGAGUCUGGGCAGCAACUGGUUGAGCGCUAUUCCGUCCUCUGCAUUCACAGGCCUUACAGCGCUAACACAUUUAAAUCUGUACAACAACCAGAUCACCACAAUUUCUGCAAAUGCAUUCUCAGGCCUGGCUGCGCUGCGAUUCUUGUAUCUGAACAACAACCAGAUCACCACUUUUUCUGCAAGCGCAUUUGCAGGCCUGACUGCGUUGUCUCGCUUGGCUUUGAAUGCCAAUCCUGCCACCACUUUGCCGCCUGGUCUGUUCAAAGGCUUGCCAAAUCUCAUGUAUUUGUCGUUGGGUUCGUCUAAUUUUUUGCAAUAUCUGAGCCCCAACAAUUUUACAUUUGGUGGAAACACUGUUGCUCCGCCUAGCACAUACGGCUGGGUAUUCACGCCUUACAAGUGCGAUACAGCCUGUGCCACUUGCUACGCCGCUGGGUCCAGUGCGUGUUGCGGGACCGAUUGUCUGACGUGCACUUCAUCUAAUCCCUGCACUCAGUGCUAUGAAGGUUAUCUUAUGAUGGGCAGCUUCUGCUUUGCAUCAGCUGCGACCAACGCAUCUAUCGCCUCUGUCGUUUCUGACGCGUCCAUGCAAUCCGUUGCAAGCGCGUCAUCAGCAUCCAUUGCGUCUGAUGUUUCUGCGACUUCGGCGAUCUCGGCAUCGUUUGCGUCCGUCGCUACUGCAUCGUCUGCCUCGAUUGCAUCAGCUGCGUCAGCAGCGACACAAGCAUCCAAAGCCUCCGCCGCCUCUGUUGCGUCGACGCAAUCUGCCUCUGUUGCAUCUGUUGCGUCAGCUGCGUCAGCUGCAACACAAGCGUCCAAAGCCUCCGCCGCUUCAGUAGCGUCAGCAGCGACACAAGCAUCCAAAGCCUCCGCCGCUUCAGUCGCGUCUACACAAGCUGCAUCGUCAGCGUCUAUUGCAUCUGCUGCAAGCGCGUCAUCAGCAUCUAUCGCAUCUGAUGUUUCCGCGACCUCGGCGAUCUCGGCAUCGUUUGCGUCCGUCGCUACUGCAUCGUCUGCCUCGAUUGCAUCAGCUGCGUCAGCAGCGACACAAGCAUCCAAAGCCUCCGCCGCUUCGGUUGCGUCUACACAAGCUGCAUCGUCAGCCUCGAUCGCAUCUGCCGCGUCAGCUGCAACACAAGCGUCCAAAGCCUCCGCCGCCUCUGUUGCGUCGACGCAAUCUGCCUCUGUUGCAUCUGUUGCGUCAGCUGCGUCAGCUGCGACACAAGCGUCCAAAGCCUCCGUCGCUUCAGUAGCGUCAGCAGCGACACAAGCAUCCAAAGCCUCCGCCGCUUCAGUCGCGUCUACACAAGCUGCAUCGUCAGCGUCUAUUGCAUCUGCUGCAAGCGCGUCAUCAGCAUCCAUUGCAGCUGAUGUUUCCACGACCUCGGCGCUCUCGGCAUCGUUGGCUUCCGUCGUUGCUGCUGCAUCUUCAGCCUCUCGGGCGUCCGCAUCUGUAGCCUCUGCUGUUUCUGCUGCUUCUGCCCUCUCCGCUUCUGUUGCUUCAACCGCAUCAGCAUCUGCUGCAUCCGUUGCAUCUUCCAUUGCACAGUUCGGCGCUGGAUCCCAAGACUCAUCCUCGUCGGCGGCUGUCAUCGCUGCUGUCGUUGCGUCCGUGACAGUCAUUGCGCUCAUUGUGGUGGUCUUCAUCGUGUUGCGGCGCCGGCGCUCGCAACGCUCUGUCAUGCGACCGAAGGACUCUGCCAGUCCCGUCAUCGAUCAGACGACUAUUGAAAUGACAAUGUCUCCUCUGGCCCAUUCGAUUGAAUCUCGCAUCGAGGAUGACGGCUCAACCUCCGCCAAGCUCAGCCAAAAGCAGCCAGAAUCGCAGAACGCUGCCGAUCCCAUGUAUCAGGAGGCUGAAGAAGUGACAAUCUCCCAAAUUCCCGAUUCGAUCGCAUCUCACAACGAGGAUGACGGUUCAACCUCCGACCAGAAGCAGCAGCCAGAAUCGCAGGAUUCUGCCGAUCCCAUCUACCAGGAGGCUGAUGAAGUGACAACUUCCCUUCAAAACCAUUCGGCUGGAGCACACGACAAAGCGGACAUUCCCCAUGCGGCGGUCGGUCAACCACAGUCGUAUCAAGCUGUCCCGACCGCCCCGCCAGAGGAGGUGGUUGACGAUGAUGCGAGCGCGUAUGUUGCCGGCAGCAAUUCUCGUCGCGUUCGCGAAGGCUUGACCAUUGGGAAGCACCUUGCCAGUGGUGAAUUUGGCGAUGUGUCACUGGGUCAAGUGCCUUUCAACGUGUUGCCCACAAGAGCUCAAACCUUGCUCGGACCUACAGCGUCUCCAACCGUGAUGGUUGCAGUCAAGUCUUCCAAGGCCGACGCUGACGAGAAAUCUCGCCAAGACUUUGAGGCUGAGGCGAAAUUGAUGGCUCCGUUUGUACAUCCGAAUGUCGUGCGUCUGCUUGCGGCUCUGGUCGAGUCAGAGCCCCAUCUCGUUCUGCUAGAGUUUGUGCAGUACGGCGACUUGCGCACCCUGCUGCAAAAGUCCAAGCUGUAUUCGCUUUGGUGGACGCACAACGAGCAGGUGCAUGCCAUUCGUCAGAUUGCUCUCGGCAUGGAGUAUCUGGGCACGCUUAACUUUGUGCACCGAGAUCUUGCCGCGCGCAAUUGUCUCGUGGGGCCAGGAAUGGUGGUCAAGAUUGCCGAUUUCGGGCUUUCCCGCGAAUUGUCGGAUGAGCAAGAUUACUAUCGCAUGCAAACGCGAGGCAAACUUCCCGUGAAGUGGAUGGCACCGGAAACAAUGACCUUCCGCAAGUUCUCGUCCAUGUCCGAUGUUUGGUCGUUUGGUGUCACAGCCUGGGAAUGCUCUAGUUACGGCGCAAUGCCGUACGGCAAGAUGAAUGGCGCUGAGGCACUGGCUCAUCUGGAGGCUGGUGGUCGACUACCCAUGCCGGAGCACUGCUCAACUGACCUGUUUAGCUUGAUGUUUAGUUGCUGGAACUCCAUCCCAGAGCUACGACCAAGCUUUACGCAGCUCGUCAAAGCUCUGAGAAACUUUGAGGAUGGAACAGCGAUCCGCGAGAUCGGGGCUCUGCUGUGAACACGAUGUUGGAGAUGUUUGACUUGCGUCCCCGCACUUGAAGAGUCGUCGGUGGAUGUGUGGAUCCCGAACGACAUCUGCGCAUUGAAUAUCUA